GCUCCGUAUUCAUCAUCAUUCAGACUCCGCAGCUCCUCACGGUAAUGACGCGGUGAUUAACGGCGCUCACGUGCGCUCGGUCCGCCUGCUGCGGGAUGAAGGAGUGACAGGCGGAAGCUUCUCUGUGCGCGCGGCGCCACCAACAUGCAGCUCCCGGUCGCAGCGCUGUGUCUCGCGGUCGCUCUGGCGGCCACCGGCGCCGCAUCGGAAGCUUCAGAGGAGUUGUUGUCUUUGGCCGAACUAGAGGACAUGCUGUUGAGGAAACUUUUUCAUGGUUAUCAGAAGUGGGUGAGACCUGUCUUACACGCCAAUGACUCCAUCACCGUCCGCUUCGGCCUCAAGAUCUCACAGUUGGUGGACGUGGAUGAAAAGAACCAACUCAUGACUACUAACGUCUGGUUGUGGCAGGAGUGGACGGACUAUAAGCUUAGCUGGAACCCGGAGAAUUAUGGGGGAAUUACGUCUAUCCGGGUGCCGUCUGAGAACAUCUGGCUGCCUGACAUUGUCCUGUAUGAAAAUGCUGACGGACGUUUCGAGGGCUCCCUGAUGACCAAAGCGAUCGUCAAAUACAAUGGUACAGUGACCUGGACUCCUCCAGCCAGUUACAAGUCGGCCUGCACCAUGGACGUCACCUUCUUCCCUUUCGACCGGCAAAACUGUUCGAUGAAGUUCGGUUCAUGGACGUACGAUGGCACCAUGGUGGAUCUGACACUGAUCGACCCCCAUGUGGACCGCAAGGACUUUUUCGACAACGGUGAGUGGGAGAUCCUGGACGCCAGAGGGCAGCGAGGCAGCCGCCGCGACGGAAUCUACUCAUAUCCGUUCCUCACCUACUCCUUCAUCCUGAAGCGGCUACCUUUGUUCUACACGCUCUUCCUGAUCAUCCCUUGCCUUGGCCUGUCCUUCCUGACCGUGCUUGUAUUCUAUCUCCCGUCAGACGAAGGCGAGAAGCUCUCGCUGUCCACGUCCGUGCUGGUCUCGCUCACUGUCUUCCUCCUGGUCAUCGAGGAGAUCAUCCCGUCCUCUUCCAAGGUGAUCCCGCUCAUCGGCGAGUACCUGCUUUUCAUCAUGAUCUUUGUCACCUUCUCCAUCAUCGUCACCGUCUUUGUCAUCAACGUGCACCACCGCUCCUCGGCCACCUACCACCCCAUGGCACCGUGGGUAAGAAGGCUCUUCCUGCAGAGCUUACCCAGAAUGCUGUGCAUGCGUGGCCACACCGAUCGCUACCUCUAUGCCGACAUGGAGCCGCACCGGAGUCCAGAGCUGAAGCGUGGGAUGAAGAAGGGAAUGAAGAAGUGUGUGGGAGGAAAAGAGGACGAGUCCUGGGUGGCUAUGAUGGAGAAGGCCACCAGUUCAGUGCGCUACAUAUCCAGACACAUCAAGAAAGAGCAUUUUAUCAGAGAGGUGGUUCAGGACUGGAAGUUCGUGGCUCAGGUGUUGGACCGGAUCUUCCUGUGGGUCUUUCUCACCGUGUCUGUAGUCGGCACCAUCCUCAUCUUCACUCCGGCACUGAACAUGUACCUCAGCAGCUCUCCCUAAAAUUACUCUCCAUUCAUAUUACCAAACACACACAGGGAAUAAAAGACACUUAAACACACAUCAUAAUAACAUAUACCAGUCAAAUAACAACCAUUCUGUCAAAUCGUUCAGAUCAGACCUCAGAUAUUUACCAAAAUAUACAUUUCAAUACACGACCGACGUGACAGAAUGUCCGAAAUCAUCGUACAGACAUCACUGUUGGAUUCCUGAGUCGGAUAGAGUGUAUUCGUUUUCUAGUACAGCUGCUUAGCUAGGUAUCGUUUCUAUGGCAACAGCUCGAUUAUGUGGGCAGGCUUAUAAUCCACGGAUUAAAAAUAAAAGCGAGAGACGUUUGUAACUUGUAUGCUUAUCUUUUAUGGAAGGAGUCUCCAAUGUGGGGGGUCACGGUGGCUUAGUGGUUAGCACGUUCGCCUCACACCUCCAGGGUUGGGGGUUCGAUUCCCGCCUCCACCUUGUGUGUGUGGAGUUUGCAU